GGAUCAGCGGUAGAGAUGGAGGGCACCGUGUUCGCUCCCUCGUUGGAAGGAAUGAAGCAUGUGAAGUCAGUGGAUGGGGUAAUGCUCGCCAAGCCUUUUCUGGAGGUCUGCAAGCUCAUCCUGCCUGUUUUAGAUAAAUUUGGAGCUGCUAUGUCCAUUGUAAAGUCGGAUAUAGGAGGCAACAUAGCAAGACUGGAAUCUAAAUAUGCUUCUGAUCCUUUAAAAUUUGAACACCUGUACAUCAUGGUGCAAAUAGAAGUGGAAUCUAAAACAGCGAAAGGUUCUUCAAGCUGCACCAAUGGUCUUCUGUGGUUAACAAGGGCCAUGGACUUCUUGGUGGAACUAUUCCGUAACUUGCUUGAGCAUCCGGAUUGGACUAUGUCACAUGCCUGCACAGAAUCCUACAGCAAGACCUUGAAGACAUGGCAUGGCUGGCUUGCUAGUUCUAGCUUUACGGUUGCCAUGAAACUCGCUCCUGAUAGGAAGAAAUUCAUGGAGGUUAUUUGUGGCUCCGGUGACAUUAAUGCAGACAUAGAGAAAUUCUGCACAACCUUUGCUCCUCUUCUUGCAGAGAACCACAAGUUUCUGGCUAGUGUUGGUCUGGAUGACCUUAAGGCUUCUUGA